GUAUUUUGAUCCGUCGUCAAAGAUGACAAAUUUAAUUAUGAAAGUUCACCUGUCAUUACCUCAUUUUAGGCGACAUUUAAAAUUUAGUCAGUUGAAUUUUCAGAAGAGUUGUUAAAUAGCCAACUGAUUAUGUUGCGUCAAGAAGUCGAUGAAGAGGAUCUCCGAACAGAAAUUUACAGCUUGCGCAAACAUAUUGCACGCGUUUGUAGUGAAAAUCAAAUUCUAAAAGUGAAAAUACGUAAAUUACAAGAUGAAAUGAUGAAACGAGACAAACAGUUGGAUGACUUCCUCAAUUCGAAAAGGGUAAAAUCUCCUAUAAUUCCGACGCCAUUAUAUGAAACGAGCAAUUUACAGUUUUUCGGGUUAUCUAAAAACGUACAAGACAAGGGAGCAUCAGUAUUGAUGAAUCUCAAAUUGAAAAAUGAUAAACUAGAGCAAUCCCUUAUGGAAAAGGACAUGAUGAUUAAAAGACUGCAGAAUACCCUGCAAACUGCGAAACUUUAUAACUCCAACUCGGUCAACAAAAAAUUGGCUUCUAAAGGGGUAGAAUGCAUUAUUCUGGGUGAUAACAAAUUAGAAUACGAAGAAAAGAGCAGGAUUAAUACUAAACUCGAGUUGCGUAUGCCAAGUUUCGAUAUGGGCGACUUUGAGGAGAAUGAAGAAUCUUACAGGAAAGAUAUUUCCAUCAUAAACAAGAAGAAUGCAAAAUCUGUUGAAUCGCAAUUUUCGCUGGACAUAAAUAUGGACUUGAAACAUACAACAAAACCUUUUUAUCAUUCAGGAACCCGAUACGAAAGUAGAACCGCAUCCUACCACGUAGAAGCGAAAGGAUCAAAAUCUGAAGGACUUCUAGAGAGGUUAUCUGGGGAAUUCAUCCCCAUAUCAAACGGGAGCAAUGGAAAGAAAAAAGGCAAGAAAGAGGUCCAUUAUGAGAAACAGAGAGAUGAGGAGCAGGAUGCCUGCAUGCAUCCGUCUUUCAAGAAAAUCCUACAGACUAUCGAAGAUCUAAUGACUCGAGGGACUAAUGCAGAGUUGAAUUUUUCCAGAACACUCACUGUGGAUGAAUCAGUUCAAUUUCCUAUGGAAGAUUCAAAAAUGCUUGGAAUGAUCGAUUCCCCAUCCGAUGAUCUCACUCAAGAGGAUCUCAUCUUAACAGAUAUAAAAUCGGACAAUGAAAACUACGACAUGGGAAAAAUCUUGGAAGAUGAACAGCCUCCAAGUAUACUGGACGAAGUACAGGUCAACGAUCAGUCUGAUCCCGAUCUAGCCAGUAUCAGCGAGAAGUUCGAUGGAAUGGAAAAAACCGAAACUCAACAACAUAAAAAGAAGAUAAUCUUGGAAGAAAUGCCGCACGAGGAGAUCAAACAGCUCCACGUCUACCUUCUAGACAUGAUAUCGCAGGUGGACUGCCUCAAAGACACCAUUUUUCACAUGAAAGAAGAUCAACAGAAAACAGAGAGCGAUUUGAAGAUCAAAGACGAGAACAUUGAGAAAUUAGCGAAGGAAAUAGAGGAGUUGAAAGAAUUGAAGUUGUUCUCAAUACCUGAUGCGGAGAAAAUGACAACUCAACUCAGGUCAAAUGUUGAUAUUGCCGAGAAAGAUUGUGCUAGCAUUGAAUCGUUCAAGGAUUUGCAAAAGGCCACUCAGCAGAACAUCAAGAAAAUAGUAGGAAAGAUGAAGACCCUCAACGAAACCAAGUCGAAGUCAUCCAUCUCCAGCCAAACAGAGAAAAAAUCAUCCAAGACUUCUUCAAAGAGUAGCAAACCAGAAAAGAAAAAAGCUUCGGAAAAAAGCCAUAAAAAGUUAGAUAGGAAAGUCCAGGAACCAUCUGAAUCUAAAAAAAUUAUUGGUAUUGGUAAUGGUGAUGUUGUCGAUCUACCAUUUUAUAGAUGCGGUAUCGUAACAGAAUGUGCAGCUAAAACAUCGAAAAAUGAAUACGACGAGUUAGAUUAAUAUUGUCCGCUUUGAUGUCAAAUAUGUUGUGUUGUUUUGUGUUAGAGAAGUAAAAUUGUUGAAUCGUUUGAAGUUGAAUGUGCUUUCAGGAAUAUUAUCUAUCGAAUAAAUUAAUUGAAGAUUC